GGAGGUGCUGUACGUCCAAGAUGGCGGCGCCCUGUAGGCUGGAGGAGCUGUGAGCGGAAACCAGAUGGCCACCUGUCAGGGAUGUGCAGUAGGAAAGAGGUGGAAGCCAGCGAAUCCUGAACUUCCUCUGUUGUGUCUGGGAUCUCACUUCAUCGUGCGAUUGGUAUUGACAGAUGCGUGUUUCUUCUCUUCAGUGACCAUGAAAGACACCAGGUUGACAGCACUGGAAACUGAAGUACCAAUUGUCCCCAGAACAGUCUGGUAGUGGCACCAAUGAAGAGCCUUCAAAGUCUUUAACACACAUCCUGGACCCAGCACAGCGCAUUCGUGUAAGAUAAUGGCCCAACAAGCAAAUAUUGGGGAGCUCCUCUCCAUGUUGGAUUCCCCCAUGCUGAGUGUGCGUGAUGAUGUAACAGCUGUCUUUAAAGAGAACCUCAAUUCUGACCGUGGUCCGAUGCUUGUGAACACCUUGGUGGAUUAUUACCUGGAAACCAAUUCUCAGCCUGUAUUGCACAUCCUGACUACCUUGCAAGAGCCACAUGAUAAGCACCUCUUGGACAAAAUGAAUGAAUACAUGGGCAAAGCCGCCUCUCGGUUAUCCACCCUCUCGUUACUGGGCCACGUUGUGAGGCUGCAGCCGUCUUGGAAGCAUAAGCUCUCUCAAGCACCUCUUUUGCCUUCUUUACUAAAAUGUCUCAAGAUGGACACUGAUGUCAUUGUCCUCACAACAGGGGUCUUAGUGCUGAUAACCAUGCUACCAAUGAUUCCGCAGUCGGGGAAACAGCACCUUCAUGAUUUCUUUGAUAUUUUUGGCCGUCUUUCGUCAUGGUGCCUGAAGAAACCAGGCCACGUAACGGAAAUCUAUCUCGUCCACCUCCACGCCAGCGUUUACGCUCUCUUCCAUCGCCUGUAUGGGAUGUACCCUUGCAACUUUGUCUCCUUCCUACGUUCUCACUACAGUAUGAAGGAGAACCUGGAGACUUUUGAAGAGGUGGUCAAGCCAAUGAUGGAGCAUGUGCGAAUUCACCCAGAAUUAGUGACUGGAUCCAAGGACCAUGAACUGGACCCUCGAAGGUGGAAGAGAUUAGAAACACAUGAUGUUGUCAUAGAAUGUGCCAAAAUCUCUCUGGACCCUACCGAAGCCUCCUAUGAAGAUGGCUAUUCUGUGUCUCACCAAAUCUCAGCCCGUUUUCCUCAUCGUUCAGCCGAUGUGACCGCCAGCUCUUAUGUUGACACACAGAAUAGCUAUGGGAGUGCUACUUCUACCCCUCACUCCACUUCUCGGCUGAUGUUGUUAAACACGCCAGGGCAGCUACCUCAGACUCUGAGUUCCCUGUCGACACGGCUGUUAACUGAGCCGCCACAAGCUACUCUUUGGAGCCCAUCUGUGGUUUGUGGGAUGACCACUCCUCCAACUUCUCCUGGAAAUGUCCCACCUGAUUUGUCACACCCUUACAGUAAAGUCUUUGGUACAGCGGGUAGAAAAGGAACUCCUCUGGGAACCCCUGCAACCUCUCCUCCUCCAGCCCCACCCUGCCAUUCGGAUGACUACGUGCACAUUUCACUCCCGCAGGCCAUGGCCACAGCCCCCAAGAAGGAAGAGAGAACAGAUUCUGCAAGGCCCUGUCUACAUAGACAACACCAUCUUCCGAAUGACAGAGGAUUAGAAGAGCUACCUGGGAGCAAAGGGUCUGUCACUCUCAGUGAUCUUCCAGGGUUUCUAGGUGACCUGGCUUCUGAAGAAGAUAGUAUAGAAAAAGAUAAAGAAGAAGCGGCAAUAUCUAAAGAACUCUCUGAGAUCACAACAGCCGACGCCGAGCCCCUAGCUCCUCGCGGAGGCUUUGACUCUCCCUUCUACCGGGACAGUCUCCCGGGCUGCCCGCGGAAGACCCACUCAGCCGUCUCCAGUGCCCAGGGCACCGGUGCGAACCCUGAGCCUCUGAACUCCACCCUGGACAGGCUGGGGCCUGACACCCCAAAGCAAGCCUUUACCCCCAUAGAGCUGCCCUGCGGAGGCGCCGAGGAGAGCCCUGCCGGGGACAGAGAGCGCCAGGCCUCUCUGGAGAGCGGCAUCCUCGCUCCCAGCCCUUUUAAGAUUCCGCCUCAGAGGGGAGUGGGGUUUGGCAGUGGGCAGCCUCCCCCAUACGAUCAUCUUUUUGAGGUGGCACUGCCAAAGACUGCCCGUCAUUUUGUCAGCAAGAAGACGGAGGGACUGCUAAAGAAAGCAAAAGGGAACACAGAGGAGGACUGCACGCCCUCUGCCUCCCCCAUGGAAGUGCUGGACAGACUGAUACAGCAAGGGGCGGACGCGCACAGCAAGGAGCUCAACAGGUUGUCUUUACCCAGCAAGUCUGUCGACUGGACCCACUUCGGAGGCUCUGCUCCCUCAGAUGAGACCCGCUCCCUCCGUAACCAGUUGCUCUUACUGCACAACCAGUUACUCUAUGAGCGUUUUAAGAGGCAGCAGCACGCGCUUCGGAACAGGCGGCUCCUGCGCAAGGUGAUCAGGGCAGCUGCUCUGGAGGAGCACAACGCUGCCAUGAAAGACCAGUUGAAGUUACAAGAGAAAGACAUCCAGAUAUGGAAGGUUAGUCUGCAGAAAGAACAAGCCAGAUACAGUCAGCUUCAGGAGCAGCGAGACACGGUGGUCACCCAGCUGCACAGCCAGAUCAGACAGCUUCAGCACGACCGGGAGGAGUUCUACAACCAGAGCCAGGAGUUACAGACGAAGCUGGAGGACUGCAGGAACAUGAUCGCGGAGCUGCGCGUAGAACUGAAGAAGGCCAACAGCAAGGUGUGCCACACCGAGCUGCUGCUCAGCCAGGUGUCUCAGAAGCUCUCAAAUAGUGAGUCGGUCCAACAGCAGAUGGAGUUCUUGAACAGGCAGCUGUUGGUUCUUGGGGAAGUCAACGAGCUGUAUUUGGAACAACUGCAGAACAAGCAUUCAGACACCACAAAGGAAGUAGAAAUGAUGAAAACUGCAUAUCGGAAAGAACUAGAAAAAAACAGAAGCCAUGUUCUCCAGCAGAAUCAGAGGCUGGAUACUGCUCAAAAACGGAUUUUGGAACUGGAAUCUCAUCUAGCCAAGAAAGACCACCUUCUUUUGGAACAGAAAAAAUAUUUAGAGGAUGUCAAACUCCAGGCAAGAGGACAGCUGCAGGCCGCAGAGAGCAGGUAUGAAGCUCAGAAGAGGAUCACCCAAGUGUUUGAAUUGGAGAUCUUAGAUUUAUACGGCAGGUUGGAGAAGGAUGGCCUCCUGAAAAAACUUGAAGAAGAAAAAACAGAAGCAGCCGAAGCAGCGGAAGAAAGGCUCGACUGUUGUCGUGACGGCUGCUCGGAUUCUGUGACAGGGCACAACAAUGAAGAGGCAUCUGGCCCUAACGGGGAGACCAAGCCCCCCAGGUUCGGAGGCAGCAGCAGCAGCAGCAGCGGCGGCAGUGAGCUUUCUACCCCGGAGAAACCCCCAAACCCGAGGGUGGGCCCGCUCAGCAGUCGCUGGGAGACUGCUGUGGGAGAGCCCACCGCGGGCAUCCCUGUGACUGUCGGCUCACUUCCUAGUUCAAAAAGCUUCCUGGGCAUGAAGGCUCGAGAGCUAUUUCGUAAUAAGAGUGAGAGCCAGUGCGAUGAGGACAGCCUGACCAGCAGUAGCCUUUCUGAGACCCUAAAGACAGAGCUGGGCAAAGACUCGGGUGUGGAAGCCAAGCCCUCCCUGAACCUAGACGGCCCGCAGCCGCCUCCCCCGAAGCCAGACAGCGUGGGGCAGCUCCGUAUCAUGGACUAUAAUGAGGCACAGCACGAGCACAGCUAGGGACGGUGCCAGGCAGUGUUACCGCGCAGCGCCGGCCUGGAGCGGGACGUGUGAGCGCCCGUUUCGGAGCUCUCCCGUUUCCAGGGUUUGAGGGGCUAGCUCCCGCAGCGGAAAUGGGGUGGGGGGUCCUUUGACAGUUGACUGAAUGCAGAACGGUUUUUGGAUCUGGCAUUGAAAUGCCUCUUCAGUUUCCCUUCGGCCACCCUCUCUUUCAUUUACCUGGCAGCGUGUACUAACCCGAGGGCCAGGGUGCGUUCCUCACUAGCUUUAUUUUCUUCCUUUUCCCCCCAAAUGGUUGUGUCCUGUGCAAUAUGAGGCCAAAUCUAAUCCUGGAGUCUCACACACCACCCGCUCCUUUCCUGAAGCUCAGUUAGCUGGGCGGGCUCUCUGUGAGCCUGGGUCCUUGUUGGCAUCACAGGUAAGUCUGGCUUUGUCCCUUUCCAGGAGGAUGUGACAUGCAAAGCUGAUCAUCUUCACAUGAGAGCUUUCACAUGAGAUGUUGUCACUGCUUUUGGUUCUAACAUCCAUCAUCUAAAGCCGCAGAUCUAGAAAAGCAAUGGUUUAUUCUCUCUUAAGUUCUUUUGGCGGUUCUGAUAAGCUUCCUAGAAAGUUCCAUGUGAACAAAGGUCUGUUGUUGGAAAAGUCUGGAGCUGGCACUGUGGAGACCAUGCUCCCCUUUGGGAAUGCUCUGUCCCCCUGCCCCACUACCUCUUGCUUAUGUGGCGUUUGCUCGAAAGCUGGUACUGUUCUGAUUACAGGCUGGGGUGUGGGUGGUCAGGCGUGCUCUCUGCAGGAGGGAGGAUGGUGGCUGGAGCAGCUCCCUGGAAAGGAAAGUGCUGGGGAUGAGGACCUGCGCCUGCAGGCGGGGCGGUGCUAGCUGUUUGCCUCUCUCCCCUGUCCCGUGUGCCUCCUGUUUACGUCAGCUUCUCUGGAAUGCUGCAGCAGAAAGGCUCUGAAGGUCCAAAGAGUUUCUUCAACGUUUUAUGACCAUCAUGUCUCAGGCUGUGAGAGUUGCCUCGCUAUAGUAGAUUCUAGGCCACCAAAAAGGUAACAGCUUUUUCACACCAAUGCUGACUUUCAGGGGCCGACCCUGCAGGGGGCUUGAUGCUGUUCCCCUUGCACGUGUUGGUCAUGGCAGAGCAUUAAAGGAGAGUCCUGGAGAGGGUUGACAGAGCUGACUGCCUGGGCCCAGUGGGCUGCCUGCACGUGCUUGGGAGAGGUGACACAAGUCAGAACAUGGGUCGUGGCAGAGAGUCUGAACUCAGCAGGUGCUCCUGAAAUGAAUGCUAGAAGCCUAAGACUUGUUGCCUAGUGACCCAGCCGAGGCUGAGGCGGGUGGGGGGAGACUGGUAGGAAAGAGCCAGUGAACUUGGCUUUUUUCUUUCUCAUCUUUCAGUUAAAAGUGUAGAAGGGUUCAUCCAUGAAGAGGGAAAUGGCAAACUGAAAUGGUACGAAACUUUAGUGCAUAUGGAAGCUUCCAGCACAUGAGGGUAAAAGUCUCUUUUUUAAAGUGUGGCAAUAAAUAUUCUAGCCUCCCAAAUAACCAAAGGGAGCUAGAGAAUGAGACUCCACGUCACCAUGGCUGUACUGGCAGACCACCUCCUUGGGACAGGAUUUCUGGGUGUGACUGAUGGAUCCCAGCUUGAGGGAGGGUGUGUGCCCGACUGCUGCAGCCCAGCGCGGGGCCAGCAAUUGCCGCUGGAUGCCUGAUGUGGAGUAUUAAUGACACCACGGAUGUUUAAUUCAGCUUUUUCCAAAGGAAAGCUUAAAAUCCAAUAUGUUCUGGUUUCCUAUUACAGUUUUAUUUAGAAAAGGAAAACAUGAACAAAUCCAGGGAAAAAAAAGUUACCAGGUAACUCUUAAAACUGUUUCUAAAUGCUUAUCCCCUCCCCAAGCCCAGGAGAUCUGUGCCACAGAACAAAGAUACCAGGCACUUAAAUCAAAGCCUUUACCCUAACUGCAAAAGCAAGGAGGCCAAUGUAAAGAAAGAAAAAAAAAUUUUUAAUGGACAGAUUGUAAAAAUACAGGGAAGAAGGAGGCAGCGUGGUAAAGUGGACUGGGGCCCGGGCUGGAGGGCCUUGGCAUGCUCCUCCAGCCGGGGCAUCCGUUUGCUCAGCUUUAUAACCAUGGCUGACCCCAGCAGCUGCAGUCAGCUUCCUUUGGGCUCUAGGAGGCCAUGGAUUUCAUUCAGCCAAGGCUGGGGGAUGGAGGCCUGGAGUCAUGCUGAAGUUACCCAGCCUGAAAAUUUAGGCUUUUAUAUUGCAAAGGACUUGAGUCGAUAAUAAAGUUUGGUUUGGUUUUGAAAAUCAUAGACUUGCCAAGAGUCAGCGGGUCACUUGAUUAUGCUGCAGUGAGUAUUUUUAAGGAUGGAAAGGUGAUAGUGGUAGAGGAACCCCCGAGAGAGAAUUCAGGCCUGGCAACAGGCAGGGCAAAGGCAGUAGAACCGUCACAUUCAAGGCAGAGCCUGUAUUCCCAGACGUUAGGGUUAAGCUCCACUGGAGUCACUUGGAGCAGGCUUGCCUGCUUCAGAGCUGUUUGGCCAGUGUCCAUAACCUGCUCCGCUCACCACCUGACACUAACCAGGGUCAGCGUAGACCCUGAGAGAAGAUGGGAGUCUGUUUCUUGGGAGUCUUGGGAGCGUGAAACCUUGUUUUAAAAGGGAGCACUACAGUAUCAUUGCGGGGGGGCG